GGGGGAAUGGGGAACCUGUCAAGCGGGUUUGGUCAAAACUCCGUCUCGCGUCCUGUGCAGUGCUCGCCCUGUCUCCCGGUGGGAGCGCCCGGGCUCGGCCCGAGGCCCGGAGGUCCAGGCUGGGCAAGGGGCCGUGCUGGAGACAGAAGGGCACUAACGGCCACGGCCAUCCCCACACGCCCAGCACAGUGGUCAGGGCUUAGGAGCCAUGGAGAGCUUCAUGGAGUCGCUGAACAAGCUGAAGGACGUUCAUGAGAAGGAGGUCCUGGGACUGCAGAACAAGCUCCUGGAACUGAAUGCAGAGCGCUGCCGGGACGCACAGCGGGUGGAGGAGCUCUGCACCAAGAACCACCAGCUCAGGGAGCAGCAGAAGGCGCUGAAGGAGAACCUGCGGGUGCUGGAGAACAGGCUGCGGGCUGGCCUGUGCGACCGCUGCAUGGUCACCCAGGAACUGGCCAGGAAGAAGCAACUGGAAUUCGAGAGCUCACACCUACAAAGCUUGCAGCGCAUCUGCGUCCUCACCAAGGAGGCGAGUGGACUGAAGGAGGAGAACAAGAUGUUGAAGGAGGAGGUGAAGCGGCUUCGGGGCCUGCAAGACAGACCCAUGGUCCUGACCGAGGAGGGCACCUCAGAGCCCCCUUCACCGCUGCUGUUUCCCUCUCCCAGUGGCCGGAAGGCCAUCACUGAGAAGGCUCCCGGAGGCCACGAGGAGACUGAGGACCACCUGGGUCUGCGGGGAGAAGAGAAGCGGGUAGGCUACAGGACAUCUCCAGCAGCCAAAAUCCCCCCGGGUGCCAACCUGCCCGAGUCACGGGCUCCAGACAUGAGCCCCCAGUGCAUUGCCAACCAGCUGCAUGCAACUGUGGCUGUGGUUCGCCCUGGGUCCCAGACCUGCCCCGCCGACCGCGGCUCUGCCAACGGGACACCCCCACUGCCGUCCACGGGGAGCAACCCGCCCAGCCCAACCUACAAGCACAGCCUCCCCCUGGACAGCUUCCUGCGGGCCUCCCAGUCCUCCACCUUGACCUAUGAGUCCCUGCAGCGCUCCCUUCAGGCUGACCACCUCUGCCUCCUGAACCGCCACCUGCCCCUGCGGACACCCCACAGCAGCCCCCAGCCCCAGGGCCUGAAAGCCAAGGAAGCAGAGGCUUGGGACGAGCCUGCAGGCCCGCUGAGCCUGCCUGGCGCCCUGGGGGGCAUGCAGGAUCCAAGGCUGGAGGGCGCCCUGCACCUGAUCCUGGCUCAGCAGCUGCGGGCACGGUGGGCAGCCGGCACCGGGCUGAGAGGCCCACCCACCCCAGGGGAGACGCCUCACUCUCCCCCAGUUGGCUUGGACUCCAAGACCCCCGAGAGCGAGGUGUCCAGAGCAGCUCUGGCCCCAGCAGACCUGCCCGGCAGGUGGAACCCACAACCCACAGGCCCACGCAGUCCCCGGAGGAAAGAGGUCGUAACCACUCAGGACUAUGCCCCGGACAAGCCCCUGGACCUCUCUGACCGGGGUCGGGGCCGGGAUGCCCCCAAGUCCACCGGUCAGCCUGGGCCCCGCAGCCCCGCAGCUGCCCACACGCCCAGCCCGGAGCCACCCACCCUGUCUGGACCCCUCACUUGCAACCCCCAGACACUCAGCAACGGCACCAAGGAGACAAGAGCACCAGAGCCCCAAGAGUCCCCCACUCCCAUGGAUCCCUCACACCCUCUCCCAGGACCCUGCCCCAGCCUGCCCUCUCCCGGUGGGACAGGCGGUGAGGCCAGAGGAAGGUCACAGCCAGCACCCCACCCACAGAGGCCCGACACUGAUGGACCCCCAGAGCUCAGCAAGGCCACAGCACAGAGGCCAGAGUCAGACGAACUGGACGAGCCAGACACCUCAGACAGCGAGGUGGGUCCCUGGCCACGCACUUGGACGGGCCCGGGCAGCAGCACUGCCCAGGCUGGAGUGGGGUGUUCCUUGCCUGAGUGCUCCCCUCCUGCCCAGGGCCUGAGCUCCGAGGCCAGUGCCAGGCUGAGCACGCCCCGAGAGGGCCACAGCUGCCUCUGUGCCGAACGGCGCCUACAGGGUCUGCAGCAGAAGAGGAAGCGGGCCUCGGACCUGGGCGGCAAAGUCUCCAAGAAGCCACCCCGAGGGAGAAAGAAGCCAAGGGAGCCACUGACCACAGCUGAGGGUCCCAGCAGCCCAAGGGACACCAAGGCCUGCAGUCCUUCGCCCAACAACAGUGGCCUGGAGGAGACCUAGCCAGGCCAGAAGUGACUCUCCAGAAGUGACUCUCCACCUUACUAGCCUAGACAGGCCACCCUACCAACCAGCAGACGGCCUGGCUAGCGGCCUUUCCAGAGGGGCUGUCAAGAUCAGACAUGGCCUCUGACUGGGGUUCCACCCUGCUGCUCUGCCACCUGCCCCACAUGUUCAAACCGGCACCUGCUGCCCUGGGCAGCAGAACAGGGCAGCAGCUGCUGAGGUCCCGGUCCAGCCCCACUCCUGCUCUUUUGGGCAGCACCUCCACCUGCGGGAGGCAACAGACCAUUCCAGGCCCAGGAGGCCCUGCCUGCUGACCCAUCUCAGCCCUUCCCUCCUGGUGUGGAGCUCCGGGCUCGGCCUCAGGCGCCCCCUAGUGGAGGCCAGCAACACGGACCCAGGGGCACCCUCCCAGACGGGGUGCCAGAGGCUUAGAGAAUACACAGGGGAAGCAGGUGGGCGGUGGGCGGUCAGCCUCCACCCACCUGGGCAGUGAUCCAAGAGGGGCUGGACUGCAUUGGGGAUGGACGAGCAGAACUGAACCAACCCUCUCUCCGUUGAAAGGACAGGUGCCCUUGGGAAGGGCUGGGAACAGCAACAGCGUGGGCUCCCAUCCGGGCAAAGCCCCCUCCUCACCGGCCCCACUCCUGUUGUCAGGACGCCCGCAGAGCAGCGGGGGUGCCACUGGCAACACCCAGGGUGUUUGCCCUGCUUUUGCCUCUCUCUCUGGGCUCCUCCAGAGGAGCAUGAGGCCCAGAUUCCUGGGCCCCACUCCGGAUGCACUGGACUAGGACCUGAGAGCACUUUAAGCAGCUCCCAGCCGUUUAUGUGCCACCCCCUCCACGUAAAGAGGACUGCCUCUUCUGGGCACAGGCAGAGGCCCCGGGGCCUCGACUGGGCGUCGGGGGCAUCAGCAGGGUGACUGGCCCAAGGCACUGGGUCAGGGUUCAGUGUGGGGAGAGGCAAGGGAGAAGCCACUCCCGGGGAGGCCAAGGAAGGUGGCAUCCGGAGCCAAAACGCAGGUUUUGAGGGAUGAAUGGGAGUGCGGCCAGCAGACACAGGGGCAGCGUCCUGGAAAGUUCACUAAAAUCAGAGCUCCAGGAAAGCGGACCAAAGGUCAGGCAGAAAAACAGUGGGGGACAUGGGGUAACAUUGAGGUGGACACUCAGGGGCAGCCAGGCAGAGGGAACAACUAGAAAUCACCUGAGGGCCAGGUCUGCAGCCAGGACACUCCCUACCACGCCCUCAGUGACGUCCCAGACAGAACCCUACACAACGCCUGGCAAGAGGCCAGCGAAAACUCGUGCCUAUAACUGCGUGAGGAGGGCCCACUCUGGCCAGGCUGAGGCAGGAGUGACCGCAGCAUCAAGGGUGUGGCGGAUGCCUGUAGCUGGGAGUCAUGCCCUCAGGUCUGUAGGAUGAUGGGACACGGGGCAAUGACCAGAGAUGAGGCUUGGGCCUGGCUAACAGGCACUGCUUCUCACCCAGCUGACUGACCUGUAUGCCUGCUGACCUGAGAGGCCAGAGGGACAGAGAUUCAAAAGGGAAGUCCAGGUGUGUGUGUGUGUGUGUGUGUGCAUGUGCAUGAGAGAGCAAGGGAGCGAGAGGGACAGAAGUCUCCCGGUUCUCAAACCGAAAUGAAAUAAAACACAAGCUGUGUGCUCCAACCACUCUGACCCGCUGGCCGGGUUUGGCCUCUGGCCACCACCUGUACUAGAGGUGUGACAGCCACCCUGGGGAGCACACAGGCCCAGAAGGAAGCCAUGUUUCUGCCUCCUUGUCCCUCCGGCACCUCAGAGCUCACGCAGUGCCAGCCAGCAUGCUGAGCCAUGAGCCAGCACCCUCUCUGCCCGGCAGACCAGCAUGGGUGCAGAGCCCAGUGCGCACUGACGCCCCCACCUCCUCCUCACCCCCCGUUUGCCAACCUCCCAUGUGUGCCCGUGAGGGCAGCAAGGAUUGAGAGCCACUGUGGGCCUCACCUGGCCUCCCUUCUCCUACAGGAGCCCCUUACAGGGCGGCACCCCAUUUUACAGACAGAGACACCAGGCUCUGGCACGAGCUGCUCUGGCGAGCUGGACCAGUGGCCACUGGUGGAGCUGGGGCCUGCAGGCCUCAACACUGCCCCUGUGGGCAGCACUGCGACCCUCCACCAGCAGCCCUGUCUUGGAAAUGCCCCUACAUGGGCGCACCAGGUGCACACGUGUCCCCACCACCCCCUGGGACCAACCCCACAUUCUUCCAGGUGGACACUUGUCCCCACCACCCCCUGGGAUAAACCCCACAUUCUUCCAGCCAGCAAAGCUGCUCACCUUCCCUGCCUGACCUGGCAGAGUCCUGGAAGGCCAGCUUGGAAGGGCAGGGGAGAUGGAAAGAAGGCUGGACACUGGGAGCCCACCUGCACUGGCAAGUGAGGGCAGACACAGGGAGAGUGCCCAGGUGGCAGCAGCCGUGGGGCAUGGACGUCCAGAGGGAACUGGAUGAGGAUGCUGUCUUCACACGGCUCUCCACCCCCGGCUCCCCGUCUGGGACCCCACUACCCCAGUGCCUGGCACAGGGGCCUGGAGACAGGUGACAGGUACUGAGUGAACACCUGAAGGACAUUCGCUGGACUUCCUGCACUGUGUCCCCUCGCUGAGCCAGGCUGGUCCUGGCAACACUGAGAUCCUACUGUGGAGAUGAGUGACCCACAAGCUGGACAGGUACGCAGGUGGCAGGAGCAGCCCCUGACAAAGGCGAUGUGCGCUAGCCUCCAGAACAAAGAGGCACAGCCCAAGAGGGGCAAUGGAGGCCUGGGCACAGCCCUGGCUCAAGGCCGCUCUGCUGAGGAGGAAGUACCCACCUCUGCCUGGGGCGGAGGCCCUGCAAUGCCCUGAACUGGCUGCCUUCCAGACAGGUGUCUCCCGUCUCCAGACGCCGCCUCAUCUUCAGUCAGCAAGGGAAGCCAGUGGCACCGCAGGCCCUACCGGAAGAGGUGGGAUUCCUUAAGGGCCUGCCCUGAGUGCACUGAAGGCCACAGGGCAGGAGACCUAGAGGAAGCACACAGCCUAUAAGGGGAAGUGCACCCGGGUGUGGCCCAGGUCCUGGGUUUGAAGCCUACAAUGCGCGCUUUCUGAAAACUGAACCGCACGCCGCGCCCAGUCGGGGGACGGGGGAGCGGGGUCACAGCUGUCGAGGCAGGGCUCGAACCCGUGGCGCCACUUGCCGCCUAACGCGCGGUCCCUGCGCGCGGCUCCCAGCUU